GGAGAUCGUGAGUGAUUUGCAAUUUCUCAAGCUUGCAUUUUUGUAGCUUUUUGUUGGAUAAAGUGUGAAAGCGAGUGAAUUUGGCGAAGUUCUGGGCCAUGACUGAGCAAAGGACGCAACGGGAACGAAGAGUAGGAUGUCCAUUCUACUGUCAGCGAAAUUUGCAAAUGGUGUUCCUCUGUCAACAUCUAUUCUUCGUCUCAGCAAAUCCUACUACCCAGUAUGUUGCUUGAAUGUCUCUCAAAUAGGUGAGUGUGUGAAUGCUGAUAUGGGAACGCUUGGUGACGUUGCGCGGCUCUUGUUACACAAUCUUCCAAAGCUAAACACCUCUUGUUUUGUGUUGUUUUUAUCUUUGUACUACCAUGUUGUUUCAACAAUAAUUAUGUUUGCACGGCUAUCAUUUGUUUUGAGAUAA